AUGGUAUUCACACAUAACGACCAGUUUGACACGAUCAAUCUCUCGCGCAACUCCAUCCGCCGGCUGGACAACAUCCCCCUGCUCAAGCGGCUCGACACCAUCCUCCUGCCUUUUAAUCAGAUCAGCAAGAUCGACCCGUCCAUCUGCAAAAACCUGCCCAGCUUGCAGACCCUGAACCUGUCAAACAACUACAUCAAGGAUCUUUCCGAGCUCCGCCACUUGACCGGCCUCGCCAAGCUCCGGUCCCUCUCCCUGGACGGGAAUGAUGUGGCCUCCGCCGACAAGUACCGCCUUGUGGUGGCCUACCUCCUGCCGCAGGUGAAGAUCCUUGACUACCAGCGCAUCAAGAUGGCCGAGCGCCGCGAGGCCCGGGCCUUCUUCCAGAGCGCCGAUCUGCCGGUGGCCUUCCGGCAAUUCCUCCAUGACGGUGCUCCCGUCGAGGCUGCCACCGGGGCCGACUCCGAUUCCGACACCGAGGAGACCGCCGAGGAGGGCGCCCCGGAGGCCGCUCCGGCCGGCGCCGCCGCCGGCGCCGCCGCCCGGCCCGGCGCCGCCCUCUCUGAGGCUGACCGCCAGGCCCUCAUUGCCGCCAUCGAAAGUGCCUCCUCCCUGGAUGAGGCCGCUCGCCUGGGGAAGAUCCUCCAGUCUGGUGGCUCGGCGGCCGACGUGCAGCGCGCCCUCGCCGCCUCGAAGACCGCCGCCGCGGCCACCCCCGCGUCCUCCUAA